ACGUUGAACCAAUUCUGAAGGGUACUAUGUCCAGAUUUAUGAGUCGUGGGCUAAAUUCUUUUGAAGACUAAGUAUUCUUGAACCAACAACCUGCAAACAAUCAAUCUAAAUCACAACAGAGAAGCACGGAAGAAUCGCCAGGGGCCUUAGAUUUUUGCUUUUCUCACUCACCUACCGACAUUAUCCAUAGCCAAGUUACAGAUGGAAAUAUCAUAUUUAUUGACUUGUAAACAACCCAACACCAAUAUUUUGACCAACUUUAUUCAUCAAUACUACCAAAUUAUGGUUCUCAAUAAAUCCCAUUGCUACACUGUACAUGGUUGAAUUGCACCCACCAGCAGAAGAUAAAAUCUAAAAGAAGGAAAAAAAAAAUUGAGAGAAGCAAUGGAAUCACUGGAGGAUGAGAUAAAGAACUUAAUCAAGUUCUUUCUAGGAUUAGAAUUAGAACCCCAAUUCAAUCAGCCAUUUCUCUCUACAUCGUUACAAGAUUUCUGGGGCAAAAGAUGGAAUCUGAUGGUCACAGGAAUUUUACGGCCAACGGUUUACCAACCGAUGCAGUCCAUUUUUAUGUCUAUUGUCGGGAAGAGGUGUGCCAAGCUCAUUGCUUUACUUGCUGCAUUUGUUGUGUCUGGUUUGAUGCAUGAGCUGAUCGUUUACUAUUUGGGGAGAGAGCGGCCAACUUGGGAGAUAUCUUGUUUCUUUGUAUUACAUGGGGUGGCUCUGGCAGUGGAGAUUGAACUUAAGAGGUGUUUCAGAGGUAAAUGUCACUUACCACAGCUGGUUUCCGGUCCUCUGACUGCUGGUUUUGUGCUGGUUACUGGUUCUUGGCUGUUUUUUCCACAAUUUUUAAGGUGUGGUGCUGAUGUUAGGGCAAUUAGGGAGUAUGCCAUCAUUUGGGAAUCUAUCAUGGGUUUAGUGAAAAAAUGUUGGGAUACUUUCUUGGGUCAUUGAUGUUUUAACUUGAGCUGUGAAAGACUAUUUCCACUGUAAAUCCACUGUAAAUAGUGAUUUUUCUGCUUCUUUUUCCCAACAUUGCUAAUGGGUGUACCAGUUCUAACUUACCCUGCUUAUAAUCAGAUAACGCCAAAAAAUUGGCUAUGUUAUGUUUUCUGUAAUGUAAAUAUGUCAAUGAUCACAACUUUUUUACUAA